AUGUCCGUUCCCCCAGGCGGUCUUAGGACGCUUGGCACCAAAUACACCCUCAAAUCCCACGGUAUCUGGGAACGUAUCCGCCGCUUCUUCGCCGUCGAUCCGAACCGUUCCACCGGUAUCCCAUAUGUAGCUCAAUACCGUAAUCCACUCCCGGGUACCCUCCCACAACCAACCUACCACGACCCCGUCACCAUCCCUUCCGGCGACAUUGCCGACAAUCCGUACUGGAAACGCGAUAACCGUCGUGGAUACCCCCAACUCUCGGUCGUAACACAAUCCGACCAGGCUGGUAUGCUAUUAUUGGGUACCGCGGCCAUCCCAAGAAUUGCGGAUGGCGCGGCCGGUGAGAAGCAGUUAGUCGAGAUUAAGGAAGGGAGUCAGAAUUUGGUCGAGGUUAUGAAGAAAUUAGGGAAUGAGGGAUUGUUGAUGAAGGAUGGAUUACCCCCGCUGCCGGGAAGGCCGGUAUCAUGGAUACAGCAGACGGGUGCGUGGACGGGAUUCCCGGAUAAGUAUCCAUGCCGGAAUUUUAAUUGA